AAAUUCGCUUCGAAUGGCGGUCGUGUGGUGCUUUGUUUAAGAAGUGUAAUUUUAAUAAAUUGAUUAUUAAUUCUCUUGGUAUUUGAUUGGUAAAAUAUAUAGUUACUCAGCCAUAAUUUUUUGUGAAUCGUUCUUAGCGUAACAAUUUGAAAAGUCAAUGCAGGGAAUCGAAUCGAUGCAUGUACCGAUAUGAUCGCUUGUAGAAUCCGUGCCCGGGGUGAUUUCUGAAAAAAACGGAUGUGGAUGUUCUUCUUUUUUGAGUUUCAUUGACUUUAAAGUGCAUUGUGGUUUAAAUAUUGGAUAAAUGGAAUUUCUAUGACCGAGCCUGGCUUUUACGCGUUGUUGUAAGAAGCCGAUGGGCAGAGCAUAGUUGGUAGAGCGGGGACGGCCGCCUCAAGAUGAUGGUGGAAACCAUUCUGGAGUCCUCGCAGGACUUUGGCAUGUCGAACGGCGUGCUACCGCAGUGGAAGCGGGAGCUGCUGCAGCGGCGCGCGGCGCGGGCGCGGCCGCCCGUGCCGCCGCCCGCGCCCCCGCCCGCGCCGCCGCCGCCGCCGCCGCCCGACGACGACGAGGAGCUGCGCUACGGGCCCGGCAUCGUCAAGCGCCUCAAGUCGCGCUACCUCAGCCUGGCGCUGCGAGAGGCGCCGCGCCGCCGCCCCUCCGUGCUGCGCCGCGCCGCGUCGCUCGAGCACCUGCUGGACGAGCGGCCGCCGCCCGCGCCGCCCUCCGCGCGCCCGCACGCGCGACCCGCGCGCCCCGUGUCGCUCGCCGCGCCGCACGCGCUCGCCGCGCAGCCCACGCGCCGCGAGUCCGUGAAGCGCGCGCGCUCCGUCGACGCGCUCAGCCGCCUGGACCGGGACGAGCCCCCGCCCGUGCCGCUCGCGCCGCCGCCGCUGCCGCCGCCGCCGCCGCCGCUGCCGCGCGCGGUGCGCCCUCCGCGCCGCGUGACCCCGCUGUUGCGGGAGACCGAGCGACCCCCGGCCGACGUAGUCCGCUCGACGCUGAGAAAGUUCGAAACCGCGCCGCCGCGCCGCACCGCGCCGGCCGCGCGCGUAUCCGCCGUCCUCCGCGGCCUGGAAAACGCUCCGCGCAGCUCCACGCCGGAGCCGCGCGGCCGCUCGCCCAGCCCGGCCGCCGCCGACCUGUCGGCCAUCGACGAGCCCGAGGGCGCGGGAUGCUCGUCCCCGUGCGAGGCGAAGCAGGUGUCUCGCGCCGCGCUGGAAGGCAUCGCUCGCGCCGGCUCGUCGGUCCGCUACUCGUUCCCGGCGCCGCGGGUGGCCUCACAUCUACCUCCGCUGAGCGCCACCAACCCCGUGCUGCUGGGCCGCGCUCGCGCUUCCGCGUCGCCGCGCCGCGUCGGCGUCAUCCGCCCGAUGCCCGCGCAGAGGGACCGGACCGUCCUGUCGCCCACGCCCGUGCCGAGCGACGUCGACGUGGUCGACGAAAAACUCGACGACAUUCCGAGCGUCGCGUCCCCGCCGCCGUUCAACGCCGAAACCCUGCCAAAGAAAGACUCGCCGCCCUCCGCCACCGUGGAACCGCUGCCCCGAACGCCCCCCGAGGAGCGUCCUCUCGUUCUCGCGCAACUCGGGCCCGCAGCUCCGCCGACGACCCGCGACGUGACCCCCGAACCCGAAGCGAAGCCGCGGCCUCCGGGCGCGCAACUCGAAACACCAAAGGUAGCGGCGAAACCGGCGAUAAAUGGCCACGCGACCCCACCGAAACCUUCCGAAACGAAGCCGAAGGGAGCAUUCUCGAAGAUCGGCGCCGCUGGGAUCGAGCGAGCGUGGACGGGAGCGGAAGAGAGGAAGAGUCCGGCGGCGGGCAAGGAGAGGAGCGAGAACGGGGAUGCGAGCCCCGUGCCAGCGUGGGCGCGCGGCGCGGGCGCGGUCCGUGCGACGAAGGGCGCGAGUCCGGGCGGCGCCACGUCCGUGGUGUUCAACUUCUCGGCGCGCAAGGACGUGCCCGACUACAUCGAGAACGACGGCAUCAUCCUGCGCGCCAGCCGCCGGAACAGGUUCAAGGCGGGCGAGUCGGGCAUAGUGGUGCUCCGGCCGGAGGCGCUGGAGCCGGACUCGGAGUCGGAGGAGGAGGACGCGCGGCCGCCCUCGCCGUGCAGCGUGCGCUUCGUCAACGACAACGUGCUGAUCAACGGGCGCUCGUCCAUGGCGGCGCGGAUCACUAUUGCCAAAGACAGAGCUGCCCGGCUAAAGCUCCAGUUCGACGACUCGCUGACGCGCACGUUCGAGUACCCCUCCGAGACCUCCCUGUGCGAGGACAGCCCCGCGGCGCCCUGCCCCGCGCCCGCCGCGCCCGCCACCCCCGCCGCCCCCGCCGCCCCCGCCGCGCCCAGCAACGGCGAGCUGCAGCUGUCGCAGAGCACCAUGAUGGCGCCGCUCGCCGCCAACACGCACCUCGCGUCCGCGUCGCUGUCGCGCUACACGCCGUGCAAGACGCUCGCCGACUCGUUCGCGCUCGGCAUGACUCGCCCCGCCUGCUCGCCGCAUGAGUCGGAGCAGCCAGACGGUAGUAUCACAGAAAACGGCGAUAGUCGGAGCGCCAUAGACAAGGAGCCGUCGCCGGAAGCCGAGGCGGAGCUGGGCGACGCGCGCCCCUGCGCCGCCGAGAGCGCGCGCUCGUGGAGCGAGGCGCGCACGCACGCCACCGACCUGCUGUUCUGAGCGCGCCGGCCGACGACGGGGGCGAACUAGCCUUUACUAUGUAACGAUGACGAGCCAUGGAUACUGUGGCGAGCGGAUUUACUCUCGGAGGUGACUUAUCGAGAUAAAACGGACAGGACGCUGUUAGCCGGGGGAGAAAUGAUGAGCAUUAAACCCCGAACGCAUGGGCCUUUAUUAAACUUUGAACUUAUUUACCACUAAAGCCACUGUGUUAUAGCGUGAACUAUCGUACUGGCGGUGCCAUCUAUUAUGGAACUGAUCAACUAUUAACAUUUCUGUGUUCCAUUUAAUAGUCAUAUUGGUAUAGUAAAUUGGACACGGACGAAACAGAAAUAAAGUUAAACCGUGUCGUGCUCGGUCGUAGCCAUGUGGAGCUACGAACGUUUUAUACGAAAUCGUUGAUACUCCAAAGUUGAUUUAACGAAACGUAGUGUAGUUACCGGCAGGAAACACAUCGAACACACACACACACACAUCACACAUCGAACUUUGGAAAGAGAUUUCUGCUUCGUAGAGCGUCAAUCCAUCAUCAAUAUUUCCUGCUGGAUACUGUAUUAUUUGUCAAUCGGAAAUUAAAUUACUGAUUUUCAAAUACUUUACCAGCUUUUACAAUUAUAGUCUGCAUUUAAUAAAUUCCAAAAUUGCCUUAAAAUUAGAGGUAAAGAUGUACUCGUAAUCUAGUCGCGUCGUUCAUAUAUUGUAGUACCGAUAUUAUACACUGAUAUUGUACUGAACUGAGGAAUACAAUCCAAUGAAAAAAAAUUGUAGGUGUAAUGCGUAAAAAAAUAAGUUCUCACGCGCUAUUAUAAUUUUAUGUGUCAAAUGGCAUGUCAGAAGUACGGACUUUUGACUUGACAGUUGACACAGAGUAAAAAUGGCGCGCGAGAACUCAUUUAGUACGGAUUAUACUUACCUGUAACCGAAAUUUAAUAAAAAAGUGUCUUAAUCGAAACAAUACGUUUAUCAUGUUAAAACAUUCCAUGUAAUACAAACUCAUUCCGAUGUUAUCUGCAUAUAAAGAAUCAAACAUAAAACAGCAGAAUAGAUGUAACGAAGCAAAAAUAUACAUAAAUUCGCCAGUCUUCCAAUCAACGAAAAGACCUACAGAUUUUUAACUUAAAAAUAAAGCAGUAUUUUUGUAACCAUUUUAAAAUAAUGUGUACGAAUUUGUAACUGAUAUAUCAAUAGUCCGAGAGACCACAGUAUGUAGCUCUAUUUCAAUAAAUGACUUUAUAUCUUUAGUACAAAAAUACCUAAAUAAUGGAAAAAUUGAUAAAAUUCCUGAAAAAAAAGAAUGAAAGAAAUUCUUUAUUUGCAUAAGUGUUACAAAAGAUGUUGGUGAUUAUUACAAAGUCCAUGACAUUAGCCGUAGCGGCGUACAAAUAUUGUGGUAGUUAAUUAUAAAUCAAAUGAUAAAAAUUCAUAAAUAUUCAUAAAUUCAGAUUCAUAAAUGAUUUUUUGUACAUUUACAUGCUGUUUGUAAAAUUACACUCAUUAAUUUAUUAUGAGAUACGUUUGGAUAGUCAAAUAAAUCUGGAGUUUAUACAAAAAAAAACAAAUCAGAUCAAAUAUUAAAGUUAAAAAAAAUAAGUAAACAUAUGAUAAAGAGAAUGUCAAAUAAUGAAAAUGUCCGAAUAAGAAAUGAAAAAUUCAGUCAUGAACAUGGAUCAAUAUCAUGAACUCAUAAAUAAAUAAAAUGCAAUGGUGUAAAGAUGUCAAUAAAACCUAAUAUCUAUCUAUAAAUAUUAGUACUAUAAUCUAUAAAUUACAUGAAUAAUAAUAAUAAUUAACACAGAAAUAGGGGUUUCAUCAUGUGGGCUCUCGGUCCAUAGUAUUAACUGUUCAUUAAGUUGACCGCAUAUUCUUCAGUACAUACCUGAAAAUGACGAAUGAAUGAUGAACUUGAUUUGUAGUCAGCGCGCUAUGAUUGGCUGAUAUAUUUUCGCACCAUUCAAAAAUGGUAUUUCUGCGCAGGUACAUCAGCGUAACUUAUAAAUGUGGUAGUACUGUAGUAUGCGAUCAGUAUUAGGUUCAAAAUGCACGGAGGAUUAUUAUUUGACCAUCCGUGCGUUUUGGCCUUUAAGGUAACCAAUGACAUUUGAAAUGCCAAAAGCACACUGUACAAUGUGCAACGUAAGUUAAGCUCUGCUCAAUAAUAGUUCAAUUGUAGAACGCUCAGUCAUAUCUAACAAGUACUUAACACACAGAUUAUAGGACAAAGAUAGAAGCUCCUGCGAAUAUACAAGCUACUCAAAGUGAAGCCAGUUUUAUUGCAUUCAAUUCGGUGGUGGUGCAUUCGAGUUCUGAUAUUGGCUUCUUUGUACCCUAUUUUCCUAUAGUCUGUGAAAUAACAUGAAUUUUAUUUAAACAAGCUCGACUGAUUAGUAUAGCUUAUGGAAAACAAAAUUUUGACAACUUUUCUAAGGUUUUAUACAAGCUUACUGUAAAGAAUGUUCUAAAUUUUUUAUAAAUCUACAGUACUUUUCAUGUCAAAAGCUUACAAGUGACCAAAAGUGUCUGUUGUAAAUGUUUUUUUGUUGUAGAGUCAAAUCUUAUGUAUAUUGGAUGUAAUCAAAUGUAAUAGUUUAUAUUGAAUCAUUCCUGAAAGUCCAUUCCUAAAUUAUUGUGGUAUCUACUUGAAGUUUUUGGACCGUUUUUACACCUUUUAUACUGAAUACGAUUAUCGUGAAAUAAAAUAAUAUAUUAUGAAGUGAUAAGUACGUAACCAUUUAUUAUUAGUAUUAUAUUACAAAUUAAAGGAAAAAUGUAGAUGGAACCCUAUGCAACAGAUAUGUUCAAUAAUGUAAAGCUCUCAGUGGUUCUGUAGCCUAUUACCUAGUUUGCCACCACAAUUAAUUCAUGACUAUUAGAGACGAUUCAAUAUCGUUCUUAAUAGCCACAUUAAUGUGCUAGAACAGUUUCAGAUAAUUGAAAAAUAGUGAUUUUUAUGCGUAAAAUUUUGUACUAGAGGUGCUGUUUCACAUAUUGGUGGUCCGUCUAUGUUUUUCCUUUAGUCUAUGACUAUAGUUAUCAUGUACUACAUAAACAACAUGUACUAAUUAGUGAGUAGUGAUCAUAAUAUUGCUGGAACUGUGUGCAAUUCUUAUUGUAUUUAUAGUAUUUAACCUAAGCAAGCUUUGCUCCAAGCAAAUAUGUCAUAUUAUAAGGCCUGGUUUACACACGCGUAUUAGUUGCACCGUAUCAAAACUUGGUAAGUGAUUUAUGGCCGAAUUUAAUAAUUAAUUGAUCCUAUCUGCAAUCUGUGGAUACGUUACUAAGCAUUGUUAUUAUUUAUCAAAAAAUGUAUGGAAAUAAUUAACAACAUCGCUAAGUAAUCUAACGACAGAUUACGGAUAAAUCGGAUUGCGGAUUGAUCGUUGUAAAUAUUAAAAUGAAAAAAAAGACUAUAAAUAAUCACUUGCUAGGUUUUGAUUUGGAACUACGCUAUUAUUAUGAUUUUAGUAACAAAGUACAAAACGUAAAAUGUACUUUUGUUUACGUUUGGCGCUAAUUUGUAACUAAACUAAAUUGAAAGGAUCUAAGUGGUGCCGUCCUUUUCACACUAAAUGGACUGCGGAAAAGGAUAGCAUUAAUUUUAUCCCCCUUAAUUUAGUUUGCGGUUGGAUAACAGCCAUUAUUGCUACAUACGCGUCACGAAAGUUGAAAAAGUAAGUGGAUAUUGCUCGGGUUCCCUGUGCUUGAAGCGACCUGCGGACCUCAGAUGAUACGUCAUUUACUGUAAUACAAGCUGAUGCCCGCGAUUUCGUCCGCGUGGAUUUUUUUUUAAAUCCCUAAUAUAUAAAAAGUAGUAUAAUGUGUUACUUUCCAGAUCUUAAAAUAUAUCCAUGUGAAACAUCUCAUUUAUCUAUUGUUCCGAUGCGACGUAAUUGAAGGACAAACCAACACACUUGCGCAUUUAGUUAGAAUAUGGGUAGGGAUGUCAACUUUCGAGACGCGUGCUAUAGAUAAUAUUGGUGCUAAUUUGGUUUACACAAAUCUUUAAACUAAAUUGACAGAUCUAAAAAAGUAUUAUCUCUUUCAUUAUGUUCCUUGCGGAAAAGGAUGGCACUAGUUACAAAUCUAUCAAUUUAGUUUAUAGAUUUAUGUGUGGAACUGAAUUAACACUUAGUGUAUUUAAUAAUAGUGUGCAUUGCUAGGUUGUAUGUAUUGUGAUUGACGCGAGGGGGUGCCCGAGGGAGGGCGAGGCUCACGAGCAUUUAUUUUAGUUAAUUAACUCUACGUCACUAUGCGUAGCUUCGCUCCGUAAAGCGUCGUUGUAAUUUGAUGCUCACCGUACGCUUGCGAUAUGCUUUUAUAUUUUUACCGACCUUAACUAUUACUAUUUUUUUUUUAUAUCUUGCUAUCGAAUUGAAAUUGUAACUCCACACAUUUAACUGCCGAAAUCAUUAUUAACAAUCCUUUUUAUAAUCUGUCGUUAUGUUACUUAGCAACGUGGUUAUUGGUCAAAAAUUGAAUGGUCCUUUUUGACAAAACAACCAACGUAUGUUGCUAAGCAACUUACCGACAGAUUACGGGUAGAUUAUUAUUAAUUUCGACCGUUAAUUAAACUAAACCGAGGAGUUCAAAACGAGACGUCAGUUCAAAAGAAAUGCGUGAAUAAAUAAAUUAUGAAAAGGCUAGUUUUUUUAGAUCCGAAUAUGUAUUUAAAAACGCACGAUAAGACGUAGAUAUGUACAUUGAAUAAAACAUUACACUUUUCUUUAUGUGUGAAUACAGUAAGGUAGUUCGUUGUGAGUUGUCUGUCGUGUACCUUACAAAGAAGCAGCGCGCAACCGUACAGGAAGCGUACAAUGACGAUGACGCGCGUGCGACGCGCAGCGUGGCGUAUAUUUAGCGUAGGUUAGUAUUUAGUAGCUGAUUCGUUCAGGCACGCUUUAAGAGUGUCAUAUUAUGUUUGUUUGUUCGUAUUGUACUGACCGCUGCUUCGUACAUCCAGCGUUAUAACGUGUAACAGUUCUUGCAAUUCACGAGCGCGCGUGGACUUUACUUGUGGUUACGCGUCGUAUACAAGAACAUUGCGUAAGUGUGCGUGCCGGUCGGACCAAUCAGACGCGAGCAAGCGCUCGCAACGCACACGUUUACGUAUACCAAUACUACUUUAACAUGAGCAUAAUCCAUAUGCACUCAUGAAACGCAAGAACUAUGUCGAUAACGGUGCUGAUUCGGUCGUACAUGUCAAAAAGUUAAGCUAUCCCUUUCCGCAGGGAACAUUGUGAACAGGAUAGCACUAUUUUAGAUUUGUAUGUAGAGUUUACAGAUUGUGUACAAACUAAUUAGCACCGUUAUGUGUAGAUAAGCAUCCCUAGCAUCGUAUGAUAGUUGUCAGAUAUUGUGACUAUCGCAAUUGUUGUCCUGACAUUGUGACUAUCGCAAUUGUUGUUGUAUUACUCCCAUUAAAAUAUUGGUUCUUAUUCAGUUUUUAAAUAAAUUGAAAGUUCUCAAUAUAACGACACCCCUCCCACAAUGUUCUGCAUAGAAAAGGACAGAAAUAUCGAUAGACCUGUAAAUUUACGGUCGAAUUAAUAAAUCAAUCUAUCCGUAAUCUCUCUGUAAGUUACUUAGCGACGUUGUUUUAUUUCAAAAAGACCAUACGUGCAUGACGUUGCUAAGUAUCUUAUCGACAGAUUACAGAUAGGAUACAUUUCGGCCGUCGGUUUAGUUCAGUCAGGGAGUGUACACAACCGAAUUAGCACGAGACAGCUAGUCAGUAGGAUUGCGAUUAUUGUAUUGAUUGCUAUCACAGUUACGUGCUAGGGCUGCAGAGAUAAAGUAGAUCGAACCCAUGGUGCGAUUGUUGUUAGGGUUCGACCGCAUGGAGGCUAAGCGCUUAGGGCGGACGACGAUAGUGUGGUGACUACCUUUUAUACUCGAAACUCCAUUUUUUUUUAUUAGAUGAAAACUGAUCCGAUACACAGGUUGAUUGCUAACUCGUCAUAUUUGUUUUGUGUCAACAGACUGUAAUGUCAACAGUAUGGUAACGGUAGAUUAUGGAAUAAAUCGUACUCUUGGCAUGAUACAUAAAGCUAAAAUGGUGAGUGCAUUCUCAAAGCAUAUGCAAUAUACGCAUCGCGCAACUCUGAAAUAACCUUUGCCCGCGGUUUCGCUUGCGUGAAAUUCUAUCUAAGAGAUCACGAAUUCUGACCAAAAAGUCAGUAUACAGUUUGAUUCUAUUUUCAUCUUUUAAAUUGCGUAAGGCUUGUAAGAACUGGAUCAGUAGUGUUUACUUUAUGUGCUCACAUACAAACUUACAAAACAUUCAGUCUUACAGCCAAAAUAUCGUUACAUAACAGUUUAAAAGUUAAAUAUAUAUAAAAGCAUCAGUGUUCUUAUUUGGACUAUUUUCAAGAGAUACAAUUAGAACAUUAGCUAUUUGCACUUGUAUAGGGAAAAUAUUGUUAUACAAAUGGGUAAGGUAUUGUUUAGAUCGCGUGCUGAAGGAAGGAAAAUUAGCUACUCUCGAAGAUUUUCCUUAUAUCUCCCCCCACGGCACUUCCCUAUCGUGUCCUCCCUGAGCCGCGUUUGAUGUAGCUAGUUGUUAGACGCUGCGUGUAGGAGGGCGCGCACACUUGCCAAUGCCUAGUUAUAUUGUAUUACUUAUUAUAUGUUAGUAUGUUACAUUGCAACUACUAUGACAUUCAUACAUUUAUCGACUAAGUAUUUUAUUGGUGAUUAUAUCAUGUAAAAUUAUUAAUGUACUGUAAUAAUUGUAUGCCGACAAGUCGCACCAAACUACAUGACCGUUGAUCUGCCAAGGAGGCUAACGCGGAAGUUGUGAUAUUAACAGUCAAUCAGAGGUGAUAAGAAUCAUCACACGUCGCUGUCAAACUUUGGUGCUAGGCCUACAGCCAGCUAUUGUUGUGAUUGGCUGGAUUUAUGGUACACUUCUGUCGAAACUCAUAUCAACACCUACCUGUCAAUCGAAGGAUUUGCAUUGUCGCAUUGAUUCAUUGAUUGAUUGAUUUUCAGUGUCCGUUGAUUGAUUCUCAGUGUCCGUUAUAAGGACUGAUUUUGAAUAUAGUACCAUCGUUUUACAUUGUACAUGCCAUACUACAGUUUAUUUACAUUUAAGUAAACUAAAGGCGCUAACACAUUACCGUGUUGUGAGGUUGUGACGCAAGUAGCGCCUCUGAUUUGUCAGCACAAACAUCGCAGUAAUGUGUCUAUACCUUCAGAGCGAUCGUGAAGUUUGGUGCGAGCUGUAAUUUAGAUUGUAAUGCGCAGUACUGAGCGCCGUAGUCGAGUUUUCUUUUAUACGAGCGUAACACAUGUCAAAUACUCCGGUUUCACUCGCUGCGAGUGAUAGCAACCGAUGACGUUUAUUUAGUGUAAACAUAAACUUAUUGGUUCAAAUAUUAUAGUUGUUUGGGUACAAAAGGGCACAUGAUCACCGCUUCGGACGAUAAGGCCUCGUGUCACGUUACGGACCCUUAAAGAAAUUCGUUGAAAACUUCUUUGGAACGCGUUCAAAAUAAACUUGAAGACUAGCUAAUAAUCUUCCUAUAUUUUCAUGAUUUGUCCUGAAAAAAGACAUUUUUAAACUCGUGAUAGUAAACACGUUCCAACAUAAGAUAGUUUCACUGCGCGACAUGUGUUGUUAAGCCAUACCGGAAGGAAGCGGUCAUCAUGUCGCCACGGACGCCCGACCUUCAGGAGUGCGGACGUCCGCGACGCUGGGCGGCAAUAAACAUGUACACAAAUAUA